AUGUGUAGUUUACAUCUUGGACCUGGUAAGUGAAUUAUACUGUGUACUUCUUAGAUUUAUGUCUUCCUUUAUAAAACAAAUAAAACUUCCAAUAAUUGCUAUUAUAUUUUUCUCCCUCAAACAGUUGUUUUUUUUCAUAAAUAUUUAAACUAUUAAUUAAACAUUUUUUAUACAUGUAUCUUUUUGUAACAAUUAUAAAUCAAUAGUACUAUCAACCUAUAUUUAUGUAGAUUUAUUCUGGAAAUUUUUUUACAAUGAUUUAUAGACUACAGUUUAUGUAUUAUUAUUACAAGAAAUUGAAAUAUUCUCAUUUAUGAUUUUAAUUCCAAAGCUAUAAAAAACUUGAAACUGUAAUUUACUUUUGUUUCUUACAAUUAGAUAAUUAUAUUGAAUAUUAUUUGCAGAUUCUCAGAAACCAGCAGAAGUGAAAGGAUACGUUCGUUUAUAUGGUAUGAAAUUUUGUCCUUUUACACACAGAAUUCGAUUAAUACUUUCUUAUAAAAACAUUCCACACGAUACUAUUAAUAUCAACAUCAGAAAUAAACCAAAGUGGUAUUUGGAGAUUCAUCCAGAGGGUAAAGUUCCAGCGCUUGUUGAUGCUGAUGGUAAAGUAAUUGUUGAUUCAUUAGUAAUAGCGAAUUAUUUGGAUGAAAAAUAUGCUCAGCCUCCUUUGUAUCAUGAAAAAACCAAAGCUCGUGAUUUAGAAUUGUUGGAUCACUAUUCCAAGCUUGUCAGUAUUUUCUCAAACUGUAUUCAUGGUAAUGAUAACAGAUCACUCAGUGAAAUUGUUGCUGAAUUUUCAUCUUUACUAGUAGAAUUUGAAGAAGAGCUUAAGGCUCGUGGAACUGUAUAUUUUGGAGAUAAUAUUGCAAAUGGUAUAGAACAAAAAAAUGUUGAUUCCAUUUUUCUUAUUUUAGGAACACAGCCUGGUAUGUUAGAUGUACUUAUGUGGCCAUGGGUUGAACGACGAAAAUCUUUAUCUCUUAUUUAUGAUGAACCUACAAAUUUUAAUGAUGGAAAUUUCUCUCAUUUAAUGAAAUGGAUGCAAGAAAUGAAGGCACAACCAUUUGUACAGGAAAAUGAAUGUUCAUAUGAAAAAUUUGCCCAAUUAGUUAAAGAUUUGAAAACAGGAAACGUUGAUUUCGAUAAACUUUAG